AUGGCGAAACCGAGACCUGUGAGGCAUGCUCCCUCGACACUCCAAGCCAUCGCCCGACCGAUUCCUCGAUCCUUUAUUCUGCCCCUUCGACCAGCUACUCAAAUUCGAAGCAAAUGGACCCUCGGCAGCAUCUUCGGCAGCCGUCGCGGCAGGAAAGCCAAAUCUUCCGAUGAUAUGAUGGGCGAAAACCUCGACGAUCCCAAGGUCCGCGAACGCUUUGCCGAGUCACAGCAGCCCAAGAUGUCCAGCUCAAUCUUCGAGGAGGAAGUCGACGAUGUCGUCGCGGACGCCAAGAAGGGCGGCUCCCAGGCCCAAGCUGCCCAGGCGUCGGUCAAGACACCAGAGACGAUGGCGUGGCGCCUCGACCCCGAUCCGCGAAGUCGCCUCCGCUGGGAGAGAAAGAAGGUCAUCCAGAUGGUGCACAAAAACGGCCACGUCACCCAUGACGAGCGUAUCGCACAGAGCGAGAAGAAGCUGUCUCACAAGAGCCCCUUCUUGGAGACCAGCGUCAAGAAGCUUGUGCAUCUCGCGCGCCAGAUCCAGGGCAAAUCCCUCGAAGAGGCCGUUCUGCAGAUGUCAUACUCCAAGAAGAAGAUGGCGGCCGAAGUCAAGUACCAGCUGGAGGAGGCUAGAGAUUUGGCUGUCGUCACCCGUCGCAUGGGUAUCGUCCGCAGUACCAAGGACUUGACUGGCAAGGAAAGGCAGCCCAUCAAAAUUCAGACCAAGGACGGCAAGAGCUUGACUAUCCCAGAUCCGAGAAGGCUCUAUGUUGCUGAAGCCUGGGUUGGCCGAGGACCUUGGAGGGCCAAGGAACUUGACUACAAGGGCAGAGGCAGAUUCGGCAUCAUGCAGUCCCCCUCAACAAGCAUUUCGAUCGUCUUGAAGGAGGAGAAAACGAGGAUACGGGAGCACACGGAGAAGUUGGCCAAGCAGGCGAAAAGGAAGCCCUGGGUACAUUUGCCUGACAGGCCAGUCACGGCCCAGAGACCCUACUACUCAUGGUAA